CCAAGAAAACAAAAUGUCGGUGUGUUGUUGUGGUCAGGAAUUCGUAUCUCGUAUAGUCUAAUUCAAAGCAUAUUUAACAUUUGGUAAUAAAACAUUAAUAACCGUAUGAAACUAUAUCAGGUUUGAACAAUGUCCUCACUACAAAAAUCUAUCAUGAAGAGUAAAUUGCCGCCCCGUGUGCCCAGAUCAUCGGGGAUUGCAAAGUUAGCUCCGUUUGGAUCUUCUCGCCGUAAAGAUUACUCGCCUGUUUCAUGGAAGCAAUACUUCGAACGUUGCGUAGAUGUAGAAACAGAGGCGGGCACCUUCAGAGUAUACCUGUCGCCUGAACCUGACCAUCCAUCACGGCCGAGGAUAUUUACCUUACACGGUGGUGGAUACUCUGGUCUCAGCUGGUCUUUGUUUACUGAAGAGAUAACAAACAUGAUCCACUGUCAAGUAGUAUCAAUGGAUAUAAGAGGACAUGGUGAGACUAAAGUAAAGGAUCCCGAUGAUUUGAGUAUUGAAACAUUAGUCAGGGAUGUGGAACAAGUAAUACAAAAACUGUAUGAUGAAGAGCCGCCCCCUAUUAUACUGCUGGGUCACUCAAUGGGCGGGGCAAUAGCAGUGAGAGCCGCUCAUUCCCCUGUCAUUGAGCACUACAUACAUGGAAUUGCAGUUAUUGAUGUUGUUGAAGGCACAGCAAUGGAGUCUUUGGCCAGUAUGCAAGGUUUUCUGAGAGGCAGGCCGACACAUUUUAAGAGCAUUGAACAUGCUAUAGAGUGGUGCAUCCGAAGUGGUCAAGUGAGGAAUUUAGAAUCUGCAAAAGUUUCAAUGCCCAGUCAGAUUUUGAACGUUCAAACUGGUAAAUUAGCUAUAAAUGAAGUGGAUACAUACAAAAAAGAAGAUAACCCUCGGGCACCGGAGCCCACACGUCACGGACCUCAUGCUAAUUGCAUCACCGAGGAGAGUGAUGAAGAAAGUGAUACAAGCGAAGCCAGUGAAGCUAAACUAGCUAGGACUGACUCGGAGAGUGAAGACACAAAACUUACUAGAACUAAUUCGACUAACUCGGAGAAUGAAGAUAAUACAAAGUUGCCUAGACUGGACUCGACAAGUGAUGAUGCAGAAGCUAGUAAUGCUAAGCUGGCUAGGUCAGAUUCUACGGAGAAGGAUCAAACUGGUACAUUUGCUGUACCUAAUGCUGUUGGUGAUGGUGCUUCUAUGAAAUACAAAUGGCGUAUCGAGUUGUCUCGCACAGAGAGUCACUGGGAGGGUUGGUUCGGAGGACUGUCCUCCGCCUUCCUGCACACCCGCGCGCCUCGUCUGCUGCUCCUCGCCUCUGUUGAUGGACUGGACAGGGAACUGACUGUCGGACAGAUGCAGGGCAAAUUCCAAAUGCAAGUUCUGACAAGAUGUGGUCAUGCUGUACACGAGGACACGCCCGGAGAGGUUGCAAGAGUGGUGGCAUCUUUCAUCCUACGUCACCGACUGACCACAGCCACUGAGAAUGGUGAACAUAUGCAUCUGGUCUCCGCACCAGGAUGUUGAAUUAAAAAAAUAACUAUAUUCCACAGUAUUUUAUGCUUCAUGUACAUGUCGUAUGAAAUAAACAAUUAAAAUUACAUUUUAAUAGAAAAUGAGCGAAAAUUGUAGAAAAUUAAACAUGUCCGGUAAAGGUACGCGUGCAUUGUACCGCGCCGGACGCACCGGACGCACGGCACGCAUCGGAUUUCAUUGCUUUGUAUGAGUACAUCAUGAGUAAGGCCGGUAACGCAUCAGCGGUUCCUCUGGUAUAGCUGAUGACCAUGUGCGUCGUUGAACACCUCGGUGUUCCCGCUGCGAGUUUGCUGACUUUUGUUAUAAAUAAAAAAAAACAUAGCGCCGUCUGUAUCGAAAGACGGCAUUUAUCAACAAGCAAUUUAUAGAGAAAGGAAAAGCACAUGCGAUAAUUUAGAAAAAUUUGAAAAAAAAGAAUGAAAAUUAAAAUAAAUAAAGGGAAAUAACAAAUAACAAAGUGAUCCUAUAAAGGUUCCGUUUUCUUUUCGACGUACGGAACCCUAAAAAUAAGAAAAACAUAAAAUAUUUAAAGAUAAAAGUCUGUAGAGGUUCGUUUGUACCGGCAACACAAUCUUUAUAAUCCGUACGUGCGGUGCGUCCGGCGCGGGACAAUGUACACGUACCUUAAAAGGCAACUCUGCAGAUGUCUAUGGCUAGAGAUUACUUCGCUAUGUUAGUGAUUUGAUUGUUUA